AGCAGCUGCUCAUUAAUUAAUUUCUAAUUAAAAGUGCUUACUAGCCUUUCAGUUACUAAGGAGGGUGGGGGAAAUAGCUGAUACAACAUUGAUCCUUCAGAUUAUAAACAUUAAUUUCCUUCCCUCGCCCGCAGAAAUAUAUGUGUUGCAAGCAGGCGUUGCCGCUACAGAAGAGCUUCCCAAACUUUUCUCCCCUGUCAGGCAGGCUGAAGGCGAUGCUGGAGAGUCUAUUUUCCAUGCCAGGGGAAAGAUUCCCGAAAAUGAGUGUUGAACUUACAGGCAGGUUAAUUUGAGCAGGUUUUGCAUGACGUCAGAGGCUCUGCUCUUUUAAAACAACGUGCUUGUGAGCUGAUGUAUUUGUACCACUUUUCUUCUUCCCACCUUUUAUUUUUCAGUGGGUGCAAAGUAUUUGUUUUUGCCGUCACGUCUGCCACCUUGGAACCUACAUGUAACAAUUAAUUCUGUGUCGUAGCUGUAGCGGGGAAGGUGCUAAAAUCGCCGUACAUAUUUAAAAGAAAAAAAAAAAAAGUUCAAGUUUUCAUGUAAAUAAAUUAAAUGUGGUUUUCUGCUUCGUCCUAUAAGCAUCUAGGGACCUGUGGUUACCAAUCAAUUGGUACAACAGCGCAGAGCCAGGCUGCAAUAGCGUGCAGAUCAGACGCCUCGCCUUGUUUCUAGAUAACUGGGAGCCUCUGUACCAUGUCCUAUCCUCAGUUUGGCUACCCUUACUCCUCUGCACCCCAGUUCCUGAUGAGCACCAACUCCCUGACGACCUGCUGCGAGUCCAGCAGCCGCACGCUGGCUGAGACGGGGGCGGCCGCCUCGGCGCAGACCCCCGUGUACUGCCCGGUGUACGAGAGCCGCCUGCUCGCCACCGCCCGACACGAGCUCAACUCCGCCGCCGCGCUGGGGGUCUACGGCGGGCCCUACGCCGGGCCCCAGGGCUAUGGGAACUACGUGACCUACGGUACCGAGGCUCCCCCCUUCUACUCCUUGAACAGUUUGGAUGCGAAGGACGGGAGCGGCUCUGCGCAUGCGGGCAUCGCCCCGGCGGCUGCCUACUACCCCUACGAUCACACCCUCAGCCAGUACCAGUACGACAGGUACGGGACGAUGGACGGCGGGACGCGGAGGAAAAAUGCCACACGAGAGACCACCAGCACGCUGAAGGCCUGGCUGCAGGAGCACCGCAAGAACCCCUACCCCACCAAGGGCGAGAAGAUCAUGCUGGCCAUCAUCACCAAGAUGACCCUCACCCAGGUCUCCACCUGGUUCGCCAACGCCCGCCGGCGGCUCAAGAAGGAGAACAAGAUGACCUGGCCCCCGCGGAACAAGUGUUCUGACGAGAAGCGGCCCUAUGAGGAAGAGGAGGAGGAGGAGGAGGAGGGUUCGCAGGAAGAGGCGAUGAAGAGCGGGAAAGCCGAGGAACCCUCGGGCAAGGACGAGAAGGAGCUGGAGCUCAGCGACCUGGAGGACUUGGACGCCGCCGAGUCGGAGAGCUCGGAGUGCGAGCUGAGGCGGCCCUUCCCGCACCCGCUCCCGCAUCCGCACCCGCUCCCGCUCCCGGGCGGCGGCCUCCCGCCGCGGGCCGCAGAGCUCCCCGCCAAGCUGCCGCCGCCGGCCGCCGCCGGGGAGGAGGAGGAGGACGAGGAGGCGGCGGCGGCAGAGCGGGCGCGGAGCUGCCUGAAGACGGCGGCGGAGGAGUGCGGCCCCGACCCGCUGGGCGCUCGGCAGCGCGGCUGCGAGUCCAAGAUGUGCUUCCAGCAGGGGCAGCAGCUGCUGGAGGCGAAGCCCAGGAUUUGGUCCCUGGCGCACACUGCCACCUCCCUCAACCAGGCCGAGUACCCCUCCUGCAUGCUGAAACGGCCGGGGGGCUCGGCCGCCGCCGCCGCUCCCGCCCCGGUCAGCGUCAUCGACAGGCACCAGGAUUCGCCGGUCACCAACCUCAGGAACUGGGUGGACGGGGUGUUUCACGACCCCUUGUUCAGGCACAGUACUUUAAACCAAGCCCUGAGCAACACAACAGUUUCCUGGGCUACCACCAAAGGAGCCAUUCUGGAAACGGGCGCCUUGGGACGCGCGGUGGGGAACGGCGCCAACGUGCUCAAGGGGCAGCUCUCAAACCUGGCCCACCAUGACUCAAACAAAGAGUUUCUGGCGUUUCCCAAAUCAGGAAGCAAAAUGUUUUGUUCUUAACAGGCCCGCCGAGGGGCAAAGGACUUUCUAACGCUUGAAGAGUCAGCUACACUGAAAAGAGACUUGCGAGAGUUUAAAUUUAAAUAUAAAACCUUUUCUUCCUUUUUUUUUAAGCAAUC